AUGCUGUUGGCUAUCUUGAUCUUCUUUGCUGAAGUGACUGCGGAAGAUCAGAAGGGGAGAUCAUAUGCGGCUAAAUGUACAACAAAACAGUGCGCUACACUAAAACGGAUCGCUUACUCUCUGUGGAUUGCUGUAUGGGCUGUCUGUAUCACCGGUACUUUUAGCGUAUGUAUUCUCUUAUGUUAUCGGUGUGCUUGUCGACGAACAAAUCAAUCAUCGAAUAAAUCGGAACAGGAGUUGGCUGUUUCGCCAGCCGAGGAAAAUAUUUUCCAAUCAGGACGAUGGGUCAGCCGAUAUCAUCAAGAUGGGUUAUGGUAUAGUCCACAUUUUCAACAGAUAAACUUCGAUGUAAUACAAGAUAGUUUGGAAGGCGAUGGUGAAGACGACGUCGGACGAUUCAAUGUAAUUGGUCACACUUCUAACACUGCGCUCACAAUGAGCAUGAUCAAAAGAUAUCCAUCCGAAGCUGAUGGUUACGAAGUUAAGGUUGAUUUAGAAUGGAACAGUCGGCAAAAUGCAUUUGUAGGAAAAUGGUUUGUUCACACAGACAUGUAUCAAGACUCGGAUCGAUUUGAACUAAAAAAGGUACAGGCUAUGAAAAAUGACAUUCAAUGA